AUGGUCGCGACGAAGAAGAAGAAGCAACAGGUGAAUUACAAAGAAGACUCCUCUGAAGAAGAAGAUGAAGAGAGUGAUUCAGAAGACGACGUCCCGUUGGCCGCGCUGAAGAGUAAAAAACCAGCAGCAAAAACAGCAGCGGUAAAGAAAAAAGCAACACCACCUGCAAAGAAGAAAACAGCAGCAAAGAAGAAAACUCCGGCGAAGAAGAAGAAAGCGCCCGUGAAGAAGAAGAAGAAGACAAAACCGACGACAGAGACGGCGUCGAAGAAAAAGUACGAAUUCGCGGGCCAAAAACGGGACCCUCCGGACGAGGAAGAUUCUUUGAGGAAGUUUUACGUCUCUUUGCGCGCGCAACGGCCGGAUUCGAUCAUGGCGGAGGUGUGGUUGAUGGAACACGGUUUGUUGGAAGACGCGAAAGCGCACGAGAAGGCGCACAAGGCGUUUAUGAAACGGAAGACGGCGCCGAACACGAAGAGUUCGAUCGCGGGGGUCGUACAACCGAGACGGUAUUUGGACGAGAUUGAAAACAAAAAUGGAGCUUUGGGAGGAGGAGGAAAAGGAGGAGAGGCGAAGAGCGAGGUGAAAAAAGAGACGCCUUCCGCGCGGAAGCCCACGCCGCCGGCGUCCGCAAAGAAACCAAACGAAUCAUCGGCGAUGAAAAAGAAACCUAAAGUAGAAGACCAAAACGAGGAAAGUUCGGACGACGACGUGCCGUUGGCCAAGUUAGCCGCCGCCCAAAAGGCGUAA